AAAAAAAAAAAAAAAAAGAAAAAGAACACUUUUUUAACAAUUCUUCUUCCCAUACAGUUUUCCUCCGUCUCUGACAGACAAUCUCCAAAUUCCCGGAGCACCGCCCGCCAGCCCACCAGCCAUGGCGUUUCCCUACAUGGAAUCCGUCGUUUGUAAGCUUUCUCUCUCUAUCUUUUAAACCCUUAACCCUUUUUUUCCCCCUUCUUUAGCUGUUCAACCGCCCGGAUACAGUGACAAUUCUUUCCUAUUUUAUAGGGAGGGUUUUACUUUUACUUGUUUGUUUCAUAGAAAAAGAUUGAUACUUUACGCGUUUCGUAUUCAUGUUAUCUUUCGCGCCUUUUGUCACUGUGGUAGAUGAGUCGAGUUAUUGUGCAAUUGUAACUGGUUUUUUUGAUUGUUUUCUUCCCUGUUUUAUGGUCAGUUGGUGCCGGUUCUAGUGAUUUUACACCGCGAUAGGUUUAGUUUGUAGGGUUUUAGGUUUUGAGGUUUCUUGCUCUGGUAGAUUAGUUGUAAACUUGAUUUACAGUCUGCUUUUUGGGUUUUUCUUGGUCCCGUUUAUUGUAGUCUAAUCAAUGUAUGCCUAUUAUGAAUUUGGUUGCAAUACUCAGGCAUUGUUUGUGUUGAGCUAGGUUGUAAAUACUAGAUUGUAGUAAUGCUGGGGGAAUGAGAUAGACAGUUAAUAUGAAUGAUUUAUAUUUAGUUAUUAUGCUAAAUGAUGGUAAUUUUGCCACUGAACGUGCUUCUCUUGUUGUUGGUUUGUAUAAUUCCAUGAAUUUUACUCGUUAGUUAUCGGCUGCAGUUUCAUCGAUAGCAUUUAAAGCAACCAUUUUUUGUUGGUGUAUAAAUGAAGAUACAUGAUUAAAGACUAUGGUAAUCAUGGUUCUGCCCAUUUUAGGUACCACAUAUCUAAGCUUAUAUGUGUAGGUACGACUAGGAAGUUGUGAUGUAUUGUUAAUGAUUUUGUAAAACUAAAGUGUUUAUGAUUAUACUUUAUGAUGAAUUCCAUAGUGGGAUUUGGUGAUUCAUGGUUGGGACUAUGUGAAAGCACUUUGUUUGAUGCCAUGCAUGUGAACAUUAGCCUGCAUACACUUCUAACCAGUAAUGCAAGGUGGUGGAGCAGUUGUGAACUACUGAAUAGUCUCAUGAAAACUUCAAUUGUUGAUUGGAUAAGUUAAGCUCUUGCUUGCAAUAAUGUAUACCUUCUCACUCCCAAGUUUUCCCCUUUUUGGUUGAACUUGAGGAGUUGCACUGUUUUUUGGGGGGUAAUUGGACACAUGAUUCACUCUGCUUUAGUUUUCUAGCUUUACCGUGUGGAUACUUGCUGUUUUAAAGACUUAAAAGACAUCGGUCUCGGUCUCUCCACAGAGACAUUAUCAUGUGCCAUGUACAUGGGUUUCAUGAUAUUGGUGUACAUUUUUGAGAGCUAUCUGGAUUUGCGCCAACAUUCAGCUCUUAAGUUGCCUACACUGCCUAAACCUUUAGUGGGUUUAAUCAGCCAAGAGAAGUUUGAAAAAUCUCGAGCCUAUAGUCUUGACAAGAGCAUCUUCCAUUUUGUUCACGAGUUCGUGACAGUUCUAAUGGACUCUGCAAUUUUGUUCUUUGGAAUUUUACCUUGGUUCUGGAAGAAAUCUGGAGAAUAUCUGGUAUUUGCUGGCCUCAAUGCAGACAAUGAAAUUUUGCACACGCUUGCUUUUUUGGCUGGUGUUAUGUUCUGGUCGCAGAUUACCGAUUUACCAUUCUCUUUGUACUCAACAUUUGUAAUUGAGGCACGCCAUGGUUUCAACAAGCAAACAAUUGGGAUGUUCUUUAAAGACAUGCUUAAAGGAAUUGCUCUGGCUGUGGUGAUUGGCCCGCCCAUUGUUGCCGCCAUUAUUAUUAUUGUACAGAAAGGAGGUCCUUACCUGGCAACAUAUUUGUGGGCAUUCAUGUUUGUUCUUUCCAUUGUGAUGAUGACUCUGUAUCCUAUUUUGAUAGCCCCACUUUUCAACAAGUUUACACCACUUCCAGAUGGAGAGCUUAGAAGCAAAAUUGAGAGUCUUGCUUCCUCGCUGAAGUUUCCUUUGAAGAAGCUGUUCGUUGUUGAUGGGUCAACAAGAUCGAGCCACAGCAAUGCAUACAUGUAUGGCUUCUUCAAGAAUAAACGCAUUGUUCUUUAUGACACAUUGAUUCAGCAGUGCAAGAAUGAUGAGGAAGUUGUUGCUGUUAUUGCUCAUGAACUGGGGCACUGGAAAUUGAACCACACCAUGUAUUCUUUCAUUGCUGUCCAGAUCAUAACAUUCUUGCAAUUUGGAGGGUACACCCUUGUGAGGAACUCAAAGGAUUUAUUUCUGAGUUUUGGGUUUGAUACACAACCAGUUUUGAUAGGGCUUAUCAUAUUUCAGCACACUGUGAUACCUCUGCAGCACCUUGUUAGCCUUGGUCUUAACAUUAUCAGCCGAUCAUUUGAGUUCCAGGCUGAUGCCUUUGCUAAGAAGCUGGGCUAUGCUGCUUCCCUUCGAGCUGGCCUUGUUAAGUUGCAGGAGGAGAACUUGUCCGCCAUGAAUACUGAUCCUUGGUAUUCAGCUUAUCACUAUUCUCAUCCACCGCUUGUUGAAAGACUGGCAGCUAUUGAUCUACCAGAUAAGAAGGAAGACUGAAGUGGUUUGAAAUACUUGGAAGAAAAGUUUUUGAGUAUAGAGCAUUCUGUUGUCUUAGUUCCUUCAUCUGUCCUUGCAAGCUCUGGGGAUCACUAUUAUCAGUAGUUUUUCUUUUCACGCAAGUCGCCUUCUUGUUUCCAACAAUCACAACCAAAAUCAAAAAGCGGAGUAUAAGUAGGAGCAAGGAAAUUCAUUGACUAGGAGGAAAAACCCAGUACUUAUGCCUUAUAUAUUCGUCCGAACUGGGAUUUUCAGAAUUUUGAGUCAGUUUUCAUGGCCAAAACAGAGUUGUACGACACACUUGGGGUGGAUGGUGUAAUUUAACAAUGCCGGUGCCGAGAAAGUGUUUUGAUGCUCAGAUUCUGUUCCUUGUUUAAGAGCGUUGUAUCUGACCUUAAUUAGAUGCUCAUCUAAGUAACAGGUACGAUCAUGUUUGGAAGCUAUUAUCCUAAAUUUUUACAAGGCGACGCGCGGUUUAAGCUUUCCAUGAAAGCCUGUAUCUAAGAGAAGAAAGAAUGAGAGAAAUGUCUAUUUAUUGCUAUCUUAAAAUGAUUAAUUGAGUUUUAUACUAAUCUUCAAUGGAACAAAUGAAGUAAAAACAGG